UGUUUCACAGAUAACGCGUGUCAGAUGCGUGAUAUCGCCGUUGCUAUCUAGUGAUAAAGUGAUAAGUGAUUAAUGAUAAGCCAGUCAGUGAGAAGAGUUCCUUGGCUCGACACGCCACCAUGCCGCUUUGAAAAAUGGAGUUGGACCUGAUAAUCGUGACGUCGGUGCUCGGCGGAGUUUCCCUGCUACUGCUGGUUCUGGUGCUGGUGCUGUUCCUGCAGCUCAACUCCUUGAAGAGGAAGAUGCGACAGACUCCUUCUAUAAGAGUGCAGAAACUCAGAAUGGAUGACAAGAACCACGCAUUCCAGAACCCGACUAUUUCCCCUGAUGAGGAGCUGUCCCGGCGAGGGUACUCCAUGUACGUUCCUGAAGACGUCGAGAGGGCCGACAGGGGAACCGAGCGGCAGACGGGUGGGCAGUUCGUAGAGGAGCUAGCCCGGGAGCUGGAUCACCGGCAGCAGCGGCAGUCCACAGCGCCGCCCUUCCUGCUUCAGAGCGUCCAAGAGAACAAACGGAAGAGCCUCUCCAACCCUGCUGCGAGGCAGAGCGAGACUAACCCGAACUUUAUCUACUAGGAACUACCAAGAAAUAUAAUAUCUUCAACAGAAAAGCGGAGAGAUAUGAACCCAUACUUGAACAAUCACAAGACCAAAGAUCCAUUUCUGCUGCUGAAGUUCAAGAAAACGAAAGAACGAGCCGAACCAUAACUUUAUCUACUAGGAACUAGCAAGAGAAACCAUGUCUCUUACAUUAUUACAAGCAGAGAGAAAUGAAACGUAACUUACUUCCAGAAGACCAAAAAUCCAUUCCUGCUGCUGAACAUUCGGAAGAGCCUCUUUCUCCUGUGGCAGAGCAAAACUACAUGGCCCGAACUUUAUCUACUAGGAAUUAGCAACACAAAUCACAGAGUAAUGAUCUUCAACUUUGCAUGAAUAAGUACUCUAUCAGCAAGCCUUAUGUUCUCCUUGCUGAGCAUUCAAGAGAAAGAACUACCAAGAAAAAUCAUGCAUCAGAUAGAUAAUCAACAGAAAUGAACCCUGACUUACACUAUAAGCCAAGGAUCCAUUCCUGCAGCAGAAAAAACGGAAAAGCCUGAUGUCGUAUUCUCUAGCCAGGCAGAGCUGAACUAUUCCUAUAAUAGGAACAAUUCAUAGAACACAAGAACACGUGAAAACCAUAGUUCUAUCCCUUCCCUUUAGUUCUAUUGUAAAAGACAAAUGAAGAACUACUUCUAAACUUAAUAUUUUUCUUGGAUUUGAAGUCUGAUCGUGUUGCCUAAACUUCUUAUCCGAACCUUCAAGUUCUCUAUCCUUUCAUACUGUUGGUAAUGCCAACUAAGGAGUUCUCUUCAUUUCUAAAAAUAUGACCUUGAUACGUUUCAAUAUCCAAUCUAUACUUUUUUUCAAAUCAGCCUUUAGGCUACCAAUCAGACAGUUGAGAAAAUACGAAACUUAUUUAUUGCUUAGUGCACGAAAAGAGCAUGGUCUUUGCAGCAUGUCUGCCGUAGAAGCAUGAAUAUGGCAGCCAAAAUUAUACUUAUAAAACGAAAGCAAAAACUACCUAUGUAAUAACAAUAACCGUCCUAAUGUUUUAAGCAGUUCCGCUGUUCAACUUCGCAGAAUUGAUACAUUCUGCAUGCAUGUGCCAAAUAUUUAUUUUGUGCCAAAUGGAUUCAAAAAUUGUUUUUAAUUUAGUAUUGUUUGGAGCUUGAGCACACGAGGACGCACCAGUGCGCUCGUUCACCAUACAAUGCUGACUGUGAGUGAAAAUGCUUUUUAACCAGCUUUCGAAAGAAAACUACGGUUCAAAAAGAUAAUAAUUUAUUUUAAGGUUUAUGUUAAAUACGAAUAAAGCUACUCUAAAUGUA